AUGUACGCCAAGUUAUUCGUCUUAUGCUGCGCGUGCGCCGCUGUGACGGCAGCGCCGGGAAUUCUCGACGGCUACGGAGGCUACGGGCUGGCACCCGCACUGACGGCACCCUCGUUCGCACCCGCCUACACCUCACAAAUCGCCCACACUAUCGCCGCACCAGCCAUCGCGGCGCCAGUCGUUAAGACAGUUGCAGCGCAGGCAAGGCGCAAACCUUUACUAUUUUUUGUGGUACAGGCUGAAUCUGUCGACCCCAACCCAGCUUACAGCUACUCGUACGGAGUAAAUGACCCCUCAACUGGCGACCACAAGGACGCUACGGAGACGCUGCAGAACGGCGUCAUCCACGGUUCCUACAGUCUCGUGGAACCCGACGGUCACGUCCGCAAGGUCACCUACACCGCCGACAAGGUCAACGGGUUCAACGCCGUUGUUGAGAGAUCUGGUGCUACUCACCCGGCGCCCGUGGCAGUUGCGACCAAGGUGUUAGCGGCAGCACCCGUGGCAGUUGCGGCACCAGUAGCCAAAAUCGCACUUCCCGCCUCCCUCGGCCACCCGUGGUAG